AUGGACAGCGGUUGUACCCAACACAUGACGAACCGGAAGGAGUGGCUGCAAAAUUUCAGAGCAUCACCGAUCCCGUACAUGCUGUUGGGUGACGAGGGAAAACUUCCUGUGAAAGGCGAAGGAGACCUAGUGCUGCAAAGUGCUUAUGGUGAGGUGAAGCUGGACAACGUGCUGCUGGUGGACAAGCUCACACUCAACCUCAUUAGCCAAUCUCAGCUGGACAGCGGUGGAUGCAAGACCUUCAGUGAUAAGGGCAGCAUAUGGGUGUUCGGUUCGGAUUGGAAGGUGAUAGCUGAGGGAUCACGCAAGCAGGGGUUGUACGAGAUGAAGCUGCACGAAAAACAGAGUGGGGACAAGGUCACAUACCUGACUGAACCGGAAGCGGGCAAGGUGGCUCGAGAUGAGCUUCGUACCAAGCUGGAAAAGGUGCCUAUUAAGGAGUUGCAGCAGCAGGCGCUUCCUAUGGCAGCAGUAGUGAGCACGGUGGACGUCAACCUGCUGCAUAGGAGGAUGGGGCACGCUGGUCAUUAUCGAAUCAAGGAGCUGAUUAAGAAGAACAUGGCAGCGGGAGUGAAGACCGGGAAAGUCACUGCGACCAGAGAUGUUACUUUCUACGAGAGUGACACCUACGUGGAGUGGAAGAAAAGGAAACAGGGAGCUGUGGUAAAGGAAGCGGCAGCAGCACCAACUCCAGUGGAGGAGAUGAUAGAUGGGAGUGAGAAGGAGGGGAUAGGGGCAGCAAAUGGCAGCAGUGACAACGAUGACUACGAAGACCACACUACACCAGGAUUCGAUUGGGUGUGGGAGGUUCAGGAGCUGCCCCCACCUUCAACUGCUGUGGAAAAGAGUGCAGAAGAAAAGGAUAAGGGAGGAGAGACGGGUGACAACUCAACGGCUGAAGCGGGUGAGGAAGAAGCUGAAAUUUCUGCUGCGGAAGAGAGUGUGGCUGAAUCUGCUAGUACGAGCUCCUCCGACCCAUGGCGCAUCAUUGACACGGGGAACAACAAAAAGGCGGUAGCAGAGAUUGAAGACCUACUUGCGGAUGGUGCUAUCAUCAUCGGAAGGGCGAUUGAAGGAGAUACCGUGCAACAAGGAGCGGAAGAAAAUGCAGCAGCAGAAGAAGGUGGAGCUGAAAAGGAGCAUGAGGAGAUGGGCAAAGGGAAACGGGUCAAGAAACCCAAUCCCAACAGCCUUGCGGACAAGGAGGUCGAUGUGGGAGCAGAAAUGGAGGCAUGGGGCAGCAAGGAGAGGGCGCUGAAAGCUUACCAAUCCAUGGUAGGCUCAGUCAUGUACCCGGUGUCAUGCACACGGGUUGAUGUGGCAGCGGGUGUUGCAGCCCGAGGGACGCAAGUGGAAGGAAAUGGAGAGGACUAUCACUUACCUCCUGCAGCGGGACGAUGA